CAUCCCCCAGCCCACACAAUGUCCAUCCGUGCUGCCGUUCCUGCGCUCGCGAGCCCCGUCCGCGCGCGCGCCGCUGCUGCCGUUGCUGGCGCCAGCGCUAGCGCUGCCGUCGCUGCGUCGUCGUCGGUGGGUGGUGCGCGCGCCGUGUCGACCACGUCGGUGGUCGCUUCGCCGGCGCCUACGCCUGCUGUCAAGGCUGCGUCGUCUUCUACCCAGCCAACGCGCACCCCCCGCACCCUCCCCUCGUUCAGCAUGGCGAACAAGGUGUGCGUCGUCACGGGCGCAGGCCGCGGGCUGGGCAACCUGAUGGCGCGCACGCUCGUCGAGUCGGGUGCGAGCGACAUCGUCAUCAUCGACCUGAAGCGCGAGGAUGCCGCCGCGGCCGCUGCCGAGCUCGCGCAGUCGUUUGUCGACCAGGGCCUCGCUGCCGAGGGCGAGAUCAACGCGCUCGGUAUCGGGUGCAAUGUUGCGGACGAGGAGAGCGUCAAGGCUGCCUUUGCCGAGAUCAAGGAGCGUUUCGGGCGGGUCGACUCGUUGGUCACCGCCGCUGGCAUCGUCGAGAACUUUUCCGCGCACGACUACCCGACUGAGAAGAUCCGCAAGCUCAUGGACAUCAACGUGAUGGGCACAUGGUUCUGUGCUCUCGAGGCCGCCAACCUCAUGCCCAACGGCGGCAGCAUCACCAUGAUCGGUAGCAUGAGCGGCAGCAUUGUGAACAUUCCUCAGAAGCAGACUCCUUACAACUUUUCAAAGGCGGCCGUCCGCCACAUGGCCCGUUCCCUCGCCGUCGAGUGGGCGACGCAGAACAUUCGCGUCAACUGCAUUUCGCCCGGAUACAUGCUCACUAACCUGACCAAGGUCAUCCUCGACAACGACCCGGUGCUGCGUGACCAGUGGCUGAGCAAGAUCCCCGUGGGCCGCAUGGGCGACCCGUCCGACCUGGCCGGCGCCGUCGCCUACCUCGCGUCCGACGCGUCAAAGUACACGACGGGCGCCGAGCUGACCGUUGACGGGGGGUACACUUGUGUCUAAGGAGGCGCCCGCGCUGUGGUCACUGGGUCUGGGUCGUCGGGAAAGACGCGCAGCGCGCAGCAUGGGCGCAUGAGCGCAUGGACUCGCUUUCGGUUUGUAGCGCGUGCGUGGCAUGUCACGUUAAUAGAGGUC